AUGACCAAACCGGACGGCCUCGCGCCUGACACAAACGACGACGUUUCCCCCGCCGCCUGGGGAACUUGGGAGGAGCUCCUCCUCGCCUUCGCUGUCAACCACCACGGCACCGCCUCCUGGGAUUCCAUAUCUUCCGAGCUUCAGAAGAGGACAUCGAACCCUAACCUCUGCCUCUCCGCGCACGGCUGCAGGUCAAAGUAUCUCGACCUAAAGCGGCGGUUUGUCGUCACGAAUGGCGAUUUCGAGGCUGGCAAAUCCAACGCCGACGAAUCCGGGCCGUUGCUGGACGAGCUCAGGAAAUUGCGCGUCGCCGAGCUCCGCCGAGAAGAUGAGAAGCUGAUUCUCCAGCACAUGGAUCUUGAAACAAUUGAAACCAGAUUGAUGGAAGGCUGGUACACUGCUUCCGCCACCAAGUUCUACCGCGAUCUCUUGCUGCUCGUUAACCACGCCCUCGUGUUCUUCAGCAAGAACUCGUCGGAGUCUAGCGCGGCCUUAGAGAUCCGACGUCUCAUCUCCAAUGAGAUCUCUCACAAACACGCCAAGUCCGAUUCUUCAUCUGUGAAGCUGGUUUCUUUGCAGUCUCGCUCAAUGCCCAAGAAAGAAGAUGCCAAGGCCUCGCCUCCUCCCUCAUUGACAAUAUCCGGCUCCUUGAUCGUCUGCCGGAAACGCAGCUCGAUUACCAAGGCAACCCCGUCGUCUUCAGGGACGGACAAGAAGACACAGCUGGCUGAGGAGGACACCGAACAGCAAUGGUCUAGUGAUGCCGAGGAGCCUAAAAUCACCAAGAAACGAACAAGGGAUCGAAUUCCUGCAGCGUCGUCAGCCAACUCUAAGAAGAAUGUCAAGAAUCAAGCCAGCAAAACCUCCCCGGCUGAGUCAGUGAAGCAGCAGGAGGGGAGAGGAGGAGGUUCAUCGUCCUCGCAAGUGGAGGUAAAGGGCGACAGCAAGAAGAGCCACUCGAUGUCGGACUCGAAGAAACGUGAUGCAGCCAACUUCUUGAGUAGGAUGAAGCAAGGCUCGUCGCCAAACAAAGGCGUGUUGGUUGAUGCAUUGAAGAACACGCCGUUGACGAGUGAGAGUGCGACUGGGAAGAAAAAUGAGAGUGCAAAGAGAGGUGAAAAGAAGGAGCCGGCGGCCACUAGGAGAGUUGUGGAGACGAGGCAGAAGGAGAAGGGCAGCCCGGGAAAGAGGAAUGUGGGACGGCCACCGAAGAGAGGGGCUGCGCCACCACCUUUGGCUGGCGGGAAACGCAGUCGGGACACUGAGCCAGCGGCGGCUUCGAAACAGCCCAAGAAAAGGUCGAGGAAGUUAUAG